CUCGUGCGGUGCCCCAAAACACCCCCGUAGAAAUUUGAGUCUUCUUUUUGCCGGUUAUCAACCACCCCACACCCGACUGUCACAUACAAAUCGAUCAUGGCUGACGAGCCGCGACGGUCCGGUCGGUCAACAAAGGGCCAGCACAAAAACCUCGAUAUGGUAUCCGACACUCCGAAGAAAGGCAAGUCCAAACUCCACAACAAGGACAAAGCCGCGAAGACAUCCGCCGAACCUACACCUGGCCCCAGCGAGGGGGAGGACGAGGAGGAAAUCAUCCGAUGCAUAUGUGGCGAAUACGAGGAGGAGGAAGAUGUGGAGCGGGACAUGAUCUGCUGCGACCAGUGCCUGGCCUGGCAGCACAAUGACUGCAUGGGCCUCCAAUUUGCCAAGGGGCAGGAACCCGACCAGUAUUUCUGUGAGCAGUGCAGGCCACAGAACCACAAGGACCUCCUGGAGCGCAUGGAGCGGGGCGAGAGGCCGUGGGAAGAGGUCGCCGAGCGACGGCGCAAGGAGGCCGAAGAGAAGAAACACUCGCGACGGAAGAAGGGCAAGAAGGGCGGCCGUCGCGGUCGACCCAGUGAGGCCAGAACUGAUGCCAGCACGCCGACCCGUGGGGCCACCUCGACCACGCCUGCGCCUGCGGCCAGCGCGACGGCUCAAUCGCCGAGGUCGCCGGUGUCUGAGAGGACGGCCCGGGGCCAGGAUACACCGGGAAGAGCGUCGGAGAAGCGCAAGUUUGACGAAGACCAGGAAGCCCCUCAGCCUGAGUCGCGUCCGAAAUCGAAACAACCCAAGAUCUCACCCCCAGAAGAUGCGCCCAUGCCCGAUGCUGGUCCUACCGCCGGCGACGCUGGUCCUAGUGCCGGUGCUGACGCGGAGGCUGAUAAUCAAUCUGGGGAGGGCGCGGAGAAACCGACUGAGCGGAAGAAAUCCGCCGAAGCGAAGCAGCCGAGUGAGACCAAGAGAGUCACACCGGUGAAGAAAGAGCCCAGCGCACAGCCCUCUCAACCAGAUACGGCGGUGGAGCCAGCGCCCACCAAGCCGCUGAAGCCCCUGGAGGAGAUCACCAACCCGGCGCGGAAAAACGUUGCCAAAGCCCUGGUCAACCUGUUUGUAGAUCAGAUCACGAGCGCGCAGAAGCAAAAGUCAUACCGCGUGCCAGAAGGGAAGACGGUCCAGGAGGUUGCGCAGCAGCAUGGUCUUGCGGUCGAGGAUGCUAUGUAUGACAAUAUAUGCGCAGGAUCGGGCGAGCCCACCGACCCAUAUAAGCAACAGCUGCGGACGAUCUUGUUCAACGUAAAGAAGAACACUUCGCUGCGAGACCGUCUGCUCGUAGGUAGUCUAUCGGCCGAUGCCCUCUCCAAGAUGAGCUCCCAGGACAUGGCCAGCGACGAACUGCAGCAGAAGGACGCCGAGAUCAAGCGCGAGGCCGAGCGCCAGCACAUCAUCGUCCAGGAGCAGGGGCCCCGCAUCCGACGCACCCACAAGGGCGAAGAGCUCAUCGAGGACGACGUGCAGAACGUGGCCAGCGAGCCCGUCUUUUCGACGGCGCCGCGUCGCAACGUCGACAACGAGGCGAGCCCGGGCUCUGGGAGCCCGGGGAGUCCCACGGGGAGGCAGGCGGGCGAGAAGAACGGCAGUCGAAGAUCGUCCAAAGCAGCCGAGAGAAAGACUCACGACGAGCACUUCCCGUCCCGGGGCCACUCGCCCGGCGGCACCAGCCACGACGCCGUCUUCCCCGAGGUCGCCACCAACAUCCGGGAGCCGGUGCCCACCAGCAAGGCGCAAGCCGACGCCGAGAUCGACCAGCUGCUGCGAGACGACGAGCCCGACUCUCCGCCUUACUCCCCGAAAGACUUCCACGACGAAGGUAGCAUCUGGCGGGGCAAGGUGGUCAUGAACCCGGUCGCCGAUUUCACCUCGUCGGCCAAGCACGUCGGCGGCGCCGACCUGAGCGGACGCAUCCCCUGGAGCCAGCUGGUGCCCCCGACGUUACUAGUGGACGGCCGCAUCGACAUCCAGCUGGCAAGCAACUACCUCUGUGGCCUGCGCUUUAGCAAUUCCACAGACGUCACAGUAAUCUCCAUCAGCAGCCCCGAGUCCCCUCGGGAACGCGCAAGCUUCGACCGCCUCUUCAACUACUUCCAAGACCGCAAGCGCUACGGCGUCAUCGGCAAGCACCCGCUACCAGCAGUCAAAGACACCUACAUGAUCCCCAUCGAAGCCGGCAUGACCAAGAAACCCGAAUUUAUCGAGCUCCUCGAGAACAACUCGCUCGAAGACCCCACCCCCGCCCGCGUCCUCCUCGUCGUCUUCGCCGUCAAAACCGGCGACUCCAACCCACCCUCCGUGCAACCGCCCUCGCAUCAACCAAGCCAGGAACCAGGCGCCGCCGCCGCAGCCAGCCCCCUAACCGCCGUGGCAGACACCCCACAGCAAGCGCAAUUCCUGACCCCCGGCCCGCGCGCGGCCUCCCAAAUCUCCGCUACCUCGACAUCCUCCUUCCCCGGCUCGACCCCCGCCCCCCAAUUCUACAACCAAACGCCGCAAGCCCCGCAAUACUCGCCCCAUCAGCCCCUCCAAGCUGCCCCCAUCCCGGCACUCCCAGUCGUCGGCCUCCCAGCCGCUGUGCAAGUCCUGGGCCCGCAGGCGACCAGCCCCUCCAUCCAAGAACUCCUCCGCAAUGCCCCCAACGCGGACGUCGCCCAGCUCGCUAUCGUCAGGGACAUUCUCCAGCGUCGGCCCGAGACGGCAAACGACUACGACUUGUUGAUGCAGGAGAUCAGACAGGCCACGGCGGCGGCUAACAGCAACGGGGCGCAACACCAUGCUUCGUAGGCUUUGGUGUAGCUCGGGUGUAUAUUAGUUAAUGUGGUUACUUGAAGCUUGCAUGUUACACGUGGGGGAGGGCCUGGAUGUCACUGUUCUCUGCAUCUGUCUUUUAUCAUCAUCAUCAUUAUCCU